GUGUAUGUACACAGGACUCUGAUCUGAUCAGUUUGCGGAGUUGGAGCCUCAGCCCCCAGCCCCAGCCCCAGCCCCAGCCCCAGCCCCAGCCCCAGCCGGGUAUUGGCAACGGCGGCGGCAGCGGCAGCGGCAGCGCAUAGAUGUUCCUGCAAAGCCAGCAGCCGGCUCCCACCUGCCCAAGGAGAGAAGAUCGCUCCAAGGGAGUGAAAACUCCCCUGCCAUCCCAGUGCAAAGUCCACUCAGCGACCUCACCGGACUAACCGGGUCUUUCUGCGCUUGUUUUUGCUAUAUAUAUCUUUUUUCUCCCUCCACUUCCCCAUCCCCGCUACACUUUUUUCCUGGGGUCUUUUGUGCUCCCGGAUCCUCCGCCUCUCCCUCGGGCCCCUCCAUGGCUCCCUUAGCCGAGGUCGGGGGCUUCCUCGGCGGCCUGGAGGGCUUGGGCCAGCAGGUGGGCUCGCACUUCCUGCUGCCUCCUGCCGGGGAGCGGCCGCCGCUGCUGGGCGAGCGCCGGGGCGCGGGGGAGCGGGGCGCCCGCGGCGGGCCCGGGGCUGCGGAGCUGGCGCACCUGCACGGCAUCCUGCGCCGCCGGCAGCUCUACUGCCGCACGGGCUUCCACCUGCAGAUCCUGCCCGACGGCAGCGUGCAGGGCACCCGGCAGGACCACAGCCUCUUCGGUAUCCUGGAAUUCAUCAGUGUGGCAGUGGGACUGGUCAGUAUUAGAGGUGUGGACAGUGGUCUUUACCUUGGAAUGAAUGACAAAGGAGAACUCUAUGGCUCAGAGAAAUUGACUUCUGAAUGCAUCUUCAGGGAGCAAUUUGAAGAGAACUGGUAUAAUACAUAUUCAUCCAACAUAUAUAAACACGGAGACACUGGCCGUAGGUAUUUUGUGGCUCUUAACAAAGAUGGAACUCCAAGAGAUGGUGCCAGGUCUAAAAGACAUCAGAAAUUUACACAUUUCCUGCCUAGACCAGUGGAUCCAGAGAGAGUUCCUGAAUUGUACAAGGAUAUACUUAUGUACAGUUGAAGCAUGAUAGUGUCUUCACUGAACAGCCAAAAUAUGACCAUUCUUUCUUGUCAGAGUUCACAUCAUAGAAUAAUAACCCAGGCUCAGAAUGUUAUGGGGUUUUCUCCUGGGAGACUGAAUUUGGAAAGAAUACUGAGAACAAACAAAAAAAAACUUAUUUUGACUUGAAGUAGACCAAGACCUCUCUUUAUAAGUGGAUUAAGUUCCCUUAGGUACACUGGCUCAGUACUUACUGGUAGCUGAAAAUCUAUUGAACUGUGGAUAAUGGGAACCCCACCUGGUUUGCUGCUGGUACCUCACCUUUCUGGAUUAUGUUUACUUUAAAAGUUAUGGUAAAAAUAGAAACUUCAUGUUGAAGAACUAAAUUGACACAGUCGGCCAAGAUUAUUGCUAUAUAAAUUCUGAGGACCUUGCAGGGUUUUGCAGGUUAUGGAGUUAUAUGUGAAAAACCUGGAUGAAAUGUGGACUUUGGAACAUGCCUCUACCAAGAUGGAACAUUUUUUUAAAAGGAUGGACCUAUUUAUACAUUUUCAAUUUGCAAAUAUUUAUUAUAUAUAUUUAUUUAUUAAAGAGUUUAUUUUUUACUGGUAUAUGAAGAUAAUACAAAGAAAAAAAACAACAAAAAUUCUUUUAUUGUGCCAUUACUUUGUUGUGAUGUCCUGAGCUGUAGAGAAGACAUCACUUUUGCAACAUAGUAAACGUAGAAUAAAUCUUGAAUUUCUUUUAAAAAAUAUAGCAUAGAUUAUAUAUAUUUUUUGCAGUCAAUUGCCUUCUAAGUGUAAUAUUGGUUCCUUUGGCUUAGAAAAAUGCUUUAUCAAACUGUAUUGAAUUCAACACACAUUCAAAAGGGAAUUAAACAUUUUUAUUUUGUGUUUUGGUUUCAUUCCUUUUUAGGUGAAAGUUGUUCUACUUAUAUAUUUUUAAAUGACAAAAUUGAGAAUAUUUUGAUAUUUAGAGAACUUCUAAUGUUGAAAAUUAUGAAAUAGUAUAGGCAAUUUAUGCUCACUUAUUUUCUUAUUCAGUGUGGCAAAGUCCAAUUCCCUCUCCCCCAGUAUGAUCAUGGAAAGAAUUAGUUUGUGUGGCACCGGCAUUAAUACUGGUUUCUGAGUCUGGUACCUUUUUCAUUAUAUCUCCUGUUUAGUCAUUUAUUCAGAGAAUAGUCAUUAAAGCCUACUACACAGAAGAAAUAUUAGGCACUAAGGAAGAUGGUGGUCAAGACAGAAGUGAACCCUUCAUGGAACUUAAUGUGUAGUAGGAGAAACAAAUGGGAAACAAGUAAGCUAACAAAUAAAUACCAUAAUUGUACAUUGUGAUGUGCUCUUUGGGGGAAAUAAGGCUCUGUCUGACACAGAAAAGAAAGAACACAUUUAGGUAGGAUGAGUCAGAGAGGGCUUCUCUAAGGAGCUGACACUUGUUGGCCGUGAAAAAUAAGAAGGAGCUGGCCAGAUUAAGAGGAGGCUAAGAUCCUGGUAGGAAGAGGAAACAAGGAGCCCAAAGUCCCGAUGGGGGUGAGAAAGAGCUUUGUGGCUGGAGUUUAGUGAGCAACUGGGACAGGGGCACAAAUAAGUUUAGAAAGCUUUGCACAGACACCUGGGUGGUUCAAUCGUUAAGUGUCUGCCUUCAGCUCAGGUCAUGAUCCCAAGGCCCUGGGAUGGAGCCCCACAUCAGGGUCCCUGCUCUGCUGGGAGCCUGCCUCUCUCUCUCUCUCUCUCAAAUAAAUAAAAUCUUAAAAAGAAAAAGAAAGCUUUGCACAUACAACUCUGGUGGGUUCUUAAAGGUCUUUCUUAAGGUUUGGUUUUCUUCUUCCCAAUAGUUGUCAAUGUCACGACCCCCUAGAUGAAGAAUUGAAACUUAGGAUGUGCUAAUGAUAAUGGUAGCAGCCCCUGCCAGCAAUCCCCAACCUGCAAGGCUUGGGAAAACACAGAUUGCUGGGUCCCAGCCCCAGAGUGUCUGAUGUGCAGAUUUGGGGUAGGGUCUGAAAGUUUGAAUUUUUAACAGAUUUGGUCUGGAGAUUAUACUUUGAGAGCCACUAGUCUAGAGCAAUGCUUCUCAAACUUUAAUGUACAUACCGUAUCACCUAGGGAGCUUGUUAAAGGAUGGGUUUGUUAGAUUAUAGGUCUGGGGUGGGGGUGGGUCUGAGAUUUUGCAUUUCUAACAUUGUCCCAGGUGAUGCUUGAUGCUGCUAGACCACAGAUUGUACUUUGAAGGGCAAGACCUACUAAUGCUUUAAUGCUGUUUGGAGUUAUACAUGUUCAUUACUAAAUUUCAUCUAGCAUGACUUUAAAUGAAUAGAAAUGUGUGGGGUGAGGAUAGGGUAUUCAAAAUACAACUUUAAUAAAGCUACAUGGAAAUGUGUGUGUGCAGUGGGGGGGAGAGUUGUGUGUGUACUUGAUGGUGUACUUGAUUGUGAGAGACAGAGAUAGGGAAAUGUUUGGCUCAAAACCUCUUGGUUUUAUAAAUGUAAAAAUAAAAAAUGUUUUUGUGGUAAUACUUUAAUAAUGUUCGAAA